AUGAAUGAAGAAGAAAAAGAAGAAGAAGAGAAAAAACAACAACAACAACUACAAGAAGUAGAACAACCACCACAAGAACAACUACGAGAAGUGAAACAACCACAAGAACAACAACAACAGAAGGAAAAAAUUAUAGAAAAUACAAACGAAACUGAUGUAACGAAAAAACCGAAAUUGUUUUUUUCCGCGAGACUAUUGUUGAGCAUCGUUUGCAGUAUUGCCAUUUUCAACGUGUCUUACGUCAGAAUAGGAAUAUCCAUCGUCAUUGUGUGCAUGACCUUACCUCGAAACAGUGAGAAUAUAAAUUCAGGAGAAUUCGAUUGGUCUUCAUCGACCAAAGGAUUCCUCACGUCUGCUUCCUUUUACGGAUUCAUAAUAGGCCCAUCGAUCGCGGGUUUCCUGAGUUUUAAAUACGGCGGAAAAAUAAUUAUCAUAGCCGGUACUUUUCUCACGGGAUCCGUUAACGUUUUCCUACCCGAAGGCACGAGACUGACUCCCGUUUUAUUUUUCAUUAUAAGACUCGUAUCCGGAAUAUUUGGAAGUUUCAUAUUUCCGGCUUUCUACGAUCUCAUGGCCAAUUGGGUAGUGCCAGAAGAAAGGCAGUUCUUAGUAGGAGGAUCCCUUAUCGGCAUACAAUUGUCGAGCAUUUUAAAUUUUCCGAUAAACACAUUGACUUGUAAUUAUAUGGGUUGGGUAUGGAUAUUUUACUUGCUCAGCAUUUGGCUCAUAGCUUGCGGAUUCCUUUUCGUAUUCACAAUAUACAACGUACCGGAAAAGUGUCCGUUUAUAAAGGAAAAAGAACUAGAGUUUUUAAAGGAUAAAAUUCAGAAACCCGUUAAAACGGACAUACCGUGGAAGGAAAUAAUCAUGUCUUUGCCCAUAUACGCUUACAUUCUCAUGCAUUUUUGCAUAAACUAUGUUUUUCUCAGCAUUAUAUUGUCUCUGCCGAUGGUCAUGGAAGAAGUCUAUCAUUUGCCAUUGCAAGAAAACGGAAUUAUAUCCGCAAUGCCUUUCUUGGGUUCUCUCGUUGUCAGAGUGUUAUUGUGUUUUUUUUUUGAAAAUUUGCGUAACAAAUUGAAAUUAUCCAAGAAUAAAAUGCGAAAAAUAUUCAUAUCGAUAGGUGCAGUUUUCAUAUCCGUGUUUUUCCUAAUAAUCACUCUUCUUCCGUAUCAAUAUUGGUAUUGGGUUUUGGGUUGUUUCAUAAUAGUUUCUUGCAGUUUGGAAUUAUGCGUAACGGGAGGGUACCUAUUGAGCCUUUUAGAUUUGUGUCCGAGUUACGUAAACAUAGUAUCGGGGGUGGCCAACAGCAUUGGGAACACGGCAGGACUCAUAUGUCCAGUUUUAAACGGUUUGAUAACCAUUAACGGUACAAAAGAAGAAUGGAACGUUGUUUUUUACGUUAACAUAACCAUUUUGUUAGUAUCCGUUGGUUUUUACUUGAUGUUCGGACAGAGUCGAACACAAUAUUGGGAUUUAUCAUCGUCGCACGUUCCAACGGAGAAAGAAAGAGAGAGAAAACACUAA